AUGGCUUCCCGAAGCAGCACUGCGCUCUCGCCUCUCACAGAAAGUACCAACAGCCUCCCCGACGUGACGAAGUGCCCGAGCAACGGCCUGUGCAGCAGACUCCCCGCGGACUGCGUGGACUGCAGGACAAACGCCUCCUGUGUCUACGGGAAGCCUGUGACUUUUGACUGCACCGUCAAACCUUCUGUUACCUGCGUCGAUCAAGACUUCAAGUCCCAGAGGAACUUCGUCAUCAACAUGACAUGCAGGUUUUGCUGGCAGCUUCCGGAAGCCGAUUACGAGUGCUCCGCCUCCACCAGCUGCAUGACGGUGUCCUGCCCCCGGCAGCGACACGCCGCCAACUGCACGGUGCGGGACCACGUUCACUGCCUGGGUAACCGCACGUUCCCGAAAAUGCUGUACUGCAACUGGACGGGCGGUUAUAAGUGGUCCACCGCCCUGGCCCUCAGUCGUGACAGAACGUUCCGGGCGUUGCCACCUUGUCCCUGGUCGAGCUCCAUUGCGUCAGGGCUGGGGCUCGGGGAGGAGGAGGAGCCCGCCCGGCAGGUGUCACCGGAAGUGGACAGGGGCCCAUGGUGCGAAGUUCGGUGCAGCACACGUGAGAUCAGCAUCACCCUCGGUGGCUUUGGGGCAGACCGCUUCUACCUGGGCCAGUGGCGAGAAGGCCUCGGCAAGCUCUUCAGCUUCGGCGGCCUGGGGAUAUGGACGCUGAUCGACGUCUUGCUCAUCGGCGUCGGCUACGUGGGGCCGGCGGAUGGCUCUUUGUACAUUUAGCGGCGGCCGUGAACUUCACGGGGGAGCCGCGCUGGGAAGGCCUGCUGCCUGUGGGGGUCGGGGGGCCGCGAGUCACGCGUUUGCACGCUCUUAAUGUACAGCAUCUGUACGUUGCCUGCCUCGAUGAAGGUAAAAUAAAAAACGCUGAGCUAUGCUUA